CCGAAGGAGCGAGCUUUUUUACCACAACCAGCGAGGAAGGAAAAGAGACAGAAAACAGAAAAAGUGACAAAACCAAACGGUUUGUAAAAUGUCUAAAGUCCAAAGGCUGAGAGCUUUGGUGGAGGAGCGGCUGACUGCGGCUGCUGAAGACAUAUAUGUGCUGUUUGAAAGAAUCAUAGCCGAGUAUGAGGAGGAACUGUGUCGCUCCAAACAGGAGAACGAGAGGAACCAACGGCUCCUGGACUCGACUCUGAGCCCGAGAGUCGUGCUGACCAGAGCCGGUGUCCACAUGUCCUCUCUGUGUCCUGGUCUCACUCUAAAAGAGGAAAUCCCAGAGAUUAAAGAGGAGCCAUUAGAACAGCACGACAAACAGGAGGAAGAGGAGCUGCAAGUGUCUGUCCCUGAGGCCAAUGAUGGCUGUGUGAAGACAGAAGAGUCCUCACUGUUUCAAAGAAAAGAAACUGAUCACAGAGAGGACAUCAACUCAGAGACACAUGUCCACCUCGAGACUGAGGGAGACACGGAGCAGUCUUCUGACACUGACAGUGAUGAAGACUGGAGUGCUCCAAUCGGCUCGUCAGCUGCACAGAUGGAGACUGAGGCAGAUGGAGACCACUACAACCAAGUCCAGAUCAGAGCCAAAAGCACCACUGCACCAAACUCAAGUCUAUCCCCCAAAUACAAGUCUGCACCAGAGACCAGAGCCAGUGUGGACAAUGGGGACGUGUCAGGAACAGCCGAAGGAACUGCAGACAAGAAACACCAGUGCUCUGUUUGUAAAAAGAGAUUUGGCUUAAAAAUCGAUUCAAUAAGACACUUUAGAAUUCACACAGGAGAGAAACCUUACAGCUGUUCUGUUUGUGAGAAACCAUUUAUUCAAAAGAGUCAUUUCACAAAACACAUGAGAAUACACACAGGAGACAAGCCUUACAGAUGCUCUGUCUGUCAGAUAUCAUUUAAUCAAAAGAGUGAUCUCACACAACACAUGAGAACACACACAGGAGAAAAAUCUUACAGGUGUUCUGUCUGUGAAAAAGCAUUUCAUAUAAAGGGUAAUCUCACAAGACACAUGAGAACACACACAGGAGUCAAACUUUACAGCUGUUCUCUCUGUGAGAAAGCAUUUAAUGAAAAGAGUAAUCUCACAAAACACAUGAGAACACACACAGGAGACAAGCCUUACAGGUGUUCUUUCUGUGAGAAAGCAUUUAUUCAAAAGACUAAUUUUAUAUACCACAUAAAAACACACACAGGCAACAAACCUUACAGCUGUUUUGUCUGUGAGAAAGCAUUUAUUAAAAAGAGUAAUCUCACACAACACAUGAGAACACACACAGGAGACAAACCUUAAAAAUGUUUUGUCUGUGAGAAAGUAUUUAAUAAAGAGUAGUCUUACAUACCACAUGAGAACACACACAGGAGAAAAGCCUGUUCAAAGUUCAUAUUUUAAACACAUCCAAAGGAAUUGACAAAAAAGACUGAAAUCUGAACUGACAAACUAAUGCAAGAAUCACAUUUCAGAACAUGUUUGUACAGAACUACAGGAUUAGGAGAUUUUAAGCAGUAUCAAUAUUACAAAAGUCACAUUCAAAGGACAGAAAUGAACCAAACUUUACAAUGAUCCUGAUCUGUAUCUUUCACAAGUAUAAGACACAUAGACUCGUAUACACCCAUGGACCACUAUGAACCUACUGCACACUGAGGGAUUACACACAUAUAACACACAUGGGAAUAUGAAAGAAAGUACUACCAUUUAAUGUUGAAAUCACAUUCUAUUGUGUAAAUAAAGAAUGUUUUUAUUAU